UUGCCUAGAAUAGUUCAUUAUUGUUAGAAAUUGGACUGUGAAUACUUUGUUCUAACCUCGAAGAGCAUGCGAUUUUCUUUUUGUGUGAAAUCUACAGCUUUGUUGUAAGAUGGCAGACAAAAUAAGAGUCAACUCUAAAUUUGAUAUGAAAGACAAAUAUGAGCCUUCGGAUUCAGAAGAUGAAUAUACUUCUACUGAGAAAAAGCUUUUGGAGAAGGUACGCAAGAGGAAUCAUUUACAUUCUGAGAGUGAAGAUGAAGUCUAUGGAAUCUCAGAAUCUGAUGAAGAUUCUGAUAAAAAGGACGACUUGGGUAUUGCUGACAGCGACAUUGAGGGCCAAGAGAAGUCAGAUGAUGAUUUACCUGACUCUAAAGCAUGGGGAAAGAAGAAAAAAUCUUAUUAUGCAACAGAUUAUGUGGAUGAAGACUAUGGUGGAUUUGGAGAUGACGAAGAAGCCGCGCUUAUGGAGGAAGAAGAAGCCAAGAAUAUUCAAAAACGACUGUUGGAACAGUUAGGAGAUGAAGAUUUCACAAUGGAAUUCUUUACAAAACAAACUGCAGAAGUUGAACAAAAGGAAACUGUGAUAAAGAGUGACCUGAGUCAAAUGUCUAAAAGACAAAAGGUGCAAUUGUUUGAAAAAGAGAGCCCUGAAUUUGCAGGCCUUAUUGACGAUUUCAAAACUAAGCUAACAGUAGCUAAAGAUGACUUGCAUCCUGUACUCGAACUUGUUAAAGAUGGUAAACUUCCAACAUGUCCAGCUUCCAAAUUUGUCAAAACAAAUUAUCAUCUUAUUUUAAAUUACUGUACUAACAUAAGUUACUACUUACUUUUGAAAAGUCAAAGAAUAAACAUUCAAAACCAUCCUGUUAUAAAGCGGCUGUAUCAGUACAGACAAAUGUUAAACAAAAUGGAACCUAUUUAUUUGGAAGUCAUUAAGCCUCAAAUAGAUAAAAUUUUGGAGGCACUGAAGAGUAACUUGGAAUUACGUGUCACAGAAUUAAAUGAAAAGGAGUUAGUAGGUAAGAAACGGAAAUCUGGUAAAGCAACACCAGAAUCAACUCCUAAGAAACUUAAACUUAUUGGAAAUCUGGAGAAAGAUGAUGGGGAAGAUACUGGAGUUUCUGACAAUGAAGAAGAGUAUGAAGGAAAUGACUUCUUUAAGAGCGAUAAUGAAGCUGGACCUGUGCAAAGAACUAAUGAUGAGUCAGAAGAAAGCGGCUUCUCGGACAAUGAUGCAGCACCUACAGAUGUUGAACAAGAUGAGAAUAAACCAUCAACAUCAUCACAAGGAAUAAUAGCUGUAGAGAUAGGUGACAAGCGUGAGAUAACAUACCAAAUUGCAAAGAAUAAAGGCCUGACCCCACACAGAAAGAAGGAUCAAAGGAACCCUAGAAUAAAACAUAAAUUGAAGUACAGGAAAGCAAAGAUAAGGAGGAAGGGUGCUGUACGAGAGCCCCGAACAGAGGUUACUAGGUAUGGAGGAGAGGCAUCAGGUAUAAAGGCCAAUGUUAAGAAAAGUAUCAAAAUCAAGUAACAUUUUCUUGUAUUGUUUCAUGUUUACAAAGGUACCUAUGUAACAUUAUUACUCUUAGUCAAAUACAUAAUCG